AUGGGUCAGACACUAUCAGAACCAGUAAGAGAGAAACACAGUGCCAACGGCGGGGACGCUCGUCUAAUCUACGCUGUAUCGGAAAUGCAAGGCUGGCGUAUAAGCAUGGAGGACGCGCAUACUGCACUUUUGAGACUCGAAAAUAAGGCGCAGAAAGAAGGAUAUAGCUUCUUCGGCGUUUACGACGGACACGGUGGUCCAAAUAUUGCUAAAUACAGCGGCAGCAAUCUUCAUAAACGUAUCUCUCAUGACGAUGCAUUUGUUCGUGGUGAAUUGCGUGCAUCAAUAAUGAGCGGAUUUCUUGGUCUCGAUGAAGAUCUUAAGACUCAUCCCGAUUUCAAAAAUGAUCCGUCAGGAUGUACAGCUGUUGUCGCGCUUAUAACGCCCGACAAUCACAUCCUUGUCGGCAACGCCGGCGAUUCUCGUGCGGUUAUCAGUGUGAGAGGCGAAGCGCAACCACUGUCUAACGACCAUAAACCACAUAAUAAAGAUGAGUCCGAUAGAAUCAAUAAAGCAGGCGGAUUUGUUGAAUUUGGUCGUGUAAAUGGGAACCUCGCCUUGUCUCGCGCAAUUGGAGACUUUGAAUUUAAGCAGAACGCAGGCCUGGAUGCUAAAGAGCAAAUUGUUACUGCCCACCCGGAAGUCAAAGAAUUUACAAUUGACCCGGAGACUGAAUUUAUAGUGUUGGCCUGUGAUGGCAUCUGGGACUGUUUAUCAUCACAAGACGUGGUCGCUUUUAUUCGACAAGAAAUAUCCAAAAAUGCCGACCUAACACAAGCGUGCGAGAAUCUCAUGGAUCGCUGCCUAGCUCCUGGUUCCGAUCUUGGUGGUGUUGGCUGCGACAAUAUGACCGUAAUCAUUGUUGGCUUCCUCCAGGGCCGUACCGAGAAAGAAUGGUACGAGUGGAUAAAGGAGCGAGUUGAUGCUGGUAUAGGACCGACAUUGAGCGAAGAGGCACUUCGUCCCUCUCCUUCUCUACUGUUCCAGCCAUUUGCUAGUGAGGAGCACGCGCUGGACUUGGAAAUUCUAAGUGAGGAAUUGAAGGGCGCUGACGUAAAGGGCGGUGAAGACGAUAUCGCAUCCCAGAACGAAUUUCACAUUGAGGAAGACAUCAGUGGAAAGGAAGAUAUUAGUGGAAGGGAGACUCAAGGAGAUGUUACAAAAAUAGUUCGAGGUGAAUUGAAGGGCGAUGACUUAAGGGGCAGUGAAGGUGGAAUCGCAGCCCAGAAAGAAGUGGUUAAUAAGAAUGAUAGUAGCGGAGGGGGAAUUAGAGGAGAAACUGGAGGGAAAACUGGAGGGGAAACUGGAGGAGAAAUUGGAGGGAAAACUGGAGGAGAAAUUGGAGGGCCCGCUCGAACCCCUUUUGAUACUGAAAUUAUUGCCGCACCAGUGGGGCGGAAAACUGGAGGAGAAACUGGAGGGAAAACUGAAUUAAAAUAG